UUGAAGAACCAUACAAUGGCAAAGAGAAAAAGAGAAGCAACAGAUUUGAAUGCUGCUGAAGUGGGGGACGAAGAUGAUGAGAUAACAACAGCGACGAGAGAGAUAUCGCCGGCGCAUUAUGUGUUCAAGAUCGAGUCUUUCUCUCUGUUAUCAGAGAACGACAUCACCAUGUAUGAGACGAACGACUUCAAAGUUGGUGAUCAGACGUGGAGAUUGAUUAUCUAUCCUAAUGGAGACAAGAGUAACGAGGGAGAAGAUCACGUGUCCCUGUAUCUGACUGUUUCUGAGGCCAAUCCUCUGAAAGUUGACGGGGAGAUAAAUGCAACUGUUAGGUUCUUUGUGUUCGAUCAAAUUCGCGAUGAAUACUUGUUAAGAGAAGGGAAAAACAGGAGGUUUCAUGCAAUGAAGCCCAAAUGGGGUAUUCCAAGAUUUAUGCCGCUCAAAACUUUCAUCAAUCCGUCAAACGGCUACCUUGUUGAUGACACUUGUGUGUUCGGAGUGGAGGUUUAUGUUAUCAAAAGUUUAGGUCUGGGUGAAUGCUUGACGCUAGAAGCGUGUCCUCAGCCUGUUAGUCACAAAUGGAAGAUAUCAAACUUCUCUACUUUGGGGAAUGAUCGCUACUCUGGCAUUUUCACUGCAGGGGAUCACAACUGGAGGUUACAACUCUGUCCAAGGGGUGACCAGCAUAACAUUUACAAAAACAUUUCCGUAUUUCUUUGUUUAGUAGAUUCGGGUGAUCAGAAAGUCAAAGCCACUUAUACCAUUCGGUUAAAAGGGAGAGCUGGCAAGACGCAUCAGAUGACAGGAGGUUUCUAUUGGUUUAGUGGUCCAAAUAAAAAGUGGGGUAUGCCCUCCUUCUUGCCACUGACUACCGUUCAGGAAUACUUAGCUGGUGAUGAGUUUGUCCUGGAGGCUGAAGUGCAAGUUCUUGGCACAGUGAGGAAACUACCAUGA